AUGGAAUACAGGAGCUCUCCGAGUCAGGUGAGAGUUCUGAGGAGAACUCUGAUUCAGAUGGCCCUGAGUCGGAGGAUGAAGCUCAAGAUGACAAUAUUGAAGCUCUUGACUGGUGGAGACCAAGACGAGGACGGAAAACCGUGCCUGGCUGGCGAGUCCCAGAUCCCCAGCAGCAGACAGACUCGUUGGACCAAACCCCCAAGCCACUGGAUCAACAAGUGCAACAUGUUUCCGAGCAAGGAUCAACAGUUCCUCCUUUCGGAUCUGCAAUUUGAUCGUUCGCAGGUCUUGAAAAUACUCAUGCUGCAGAAGACAACGUCGAGAGCGGAGAUGGAACCAACCAAGUCGGACUCGUACAAGCCAGUGCGCUGUCUCAGACCCAAGGGCAGGAAGAGAUCCAAAUGA